GAUUUGAUGACCAUUCUUUCACAUCAUGAAAUCACCGCUACUAAAUGUAUUUUCUUUGCAUUUAGACAGCCAUAAGGUCCACACAACAGAAAUCAUUUACAAAGCUCUUUCAAUUGCAUUGCACUGGAGAGAGAGAGAAGGCCUCAAUGGACUCCCCAACUCACCUCCGAACUGCUCAUCUUUUGCAAUAAGAGAAACAACUCAUCACAAAAAGAUGGCCUCAUUAGACCCUUCAAACUCUCCCCCAAACCACUCUUUUGCACUAAGAGACGCCACAGGUCAAUGCUUCUUGAGAAGCCUCUCCACCAAAGAAGCCUCUUUCAAUGGUUUCCAUUGCUCCCCACCUCGUUACAGCACUCCUUCUCUGCACACUUCUCCUUUAUCCUCACCUCUCCGCACUUUCAACCCCAAUCCUUCAAACCACACCAUCAGCCUUGAUGCUUCCUAUAAAUGCCUAUCUUCGGUCCUUAAAAAAGAUGGCCAGAUUUUAUCCAUAGCUAUCUCGAAUGGGAUCAUUUACACUGGCUCCGAUACAAACUUGAUACGUAUUUGGAAGUUGCCUGAGUUUUCAGAGUGUGGAGUGUUAAAGACUAAAGCAUCCACGGUUGUUGCUCUUGCGGUAUCCCAUGAAAGGGUUUUUGCAGCCUAUGGUGAUACCAAGAUUCGGGUGUGGCGAAGAACAUGGGAUGGUACACUGAAGCAUAUCAAGUUGGCAACAAUACCCCGGACCAGUGGCUAUGUCCGGAGCUACAUUUCCAGUAAAGAUAAAAUGACGAGGCAUAUGGGGCCAAUAACAUCACUGGCAAUCAAUAUAUCAGAUAACAUCCUAUACUCAGCAUCUGUUGAUAAAACCGUGAAAGUUUGGAGAAUAUCAGACUUCAAAUGCAUUGAGAACAUCCCUGCACAUUCCGAACCCAUCAACGCCGUCGUGGUGGCCGACGAUGGAAUACUCUACACAGCCUCUGAUGACGCCACCGUCAGAGUUUGGCGGCGCAAUUUUUGCCGAGGUGCAUGGCCACAUUCACUCAUGGUAACCUUACCAGCCAAAUGCUCACCCGUCAAAACUCUAACACUAACCGCAGACGGGGGAGUCUUAUACGGUGGCUGCACCGACGGGUAUGUACAUUACUGGCUGAAAGGCUGGGCAUCGGGCCAACUGCAAUACGGUGGUGCGCUCCAAGGUCACACUCAUGCAGUCAUGUGUUUAGCCAGUGUGUCUAACUAUGUAAUCAGUGGGUCAGCAGACUCAUCUAGCAGGGUGUGGAGCAGGGAACAUGAUGGUCAACAUGUAUGUCUAGCCGUUUUGGUUGGGCACAGGGGACCCAUCAGAUGUGUGACAGCAUUUUUGGGACAUGCAGGGGAGGAGGUUGAAGAUGGUUGCACCAUCUGCACCGGGAGCCUUGAUGGAGUUCUCAAGGUGUGGCGUGUAAGUCGUACAAAAAGUGGCAGUGGAGGAUUUGUAAAAAAUGAUUAUUUUGAGUUAGAUGAGGGAGUUUAAAUCAUUUGGUUGGGUUCCCACUAUCGUACAGUGUAAUUGUUAAUCAUAUAUAUGACUCCUGCAAUUUUGUCUGUCUAGUUUAUACCCACAAAAAUAUUUUAUACCAGUAAUUAUAUUUAUAACUCAAA